ACGUGGCCGGCUGGACGUGACUGGCCCCAGAAUAUUCGGAGCUUUCAAAUGCAACUUCCCCUCAAGCGAACACCGUAAUCUUUGGCGACAGCUUGCACUUACCAGCAAGCUACUGAACCGCCAUAUACAUAGGAGCUCGUAGAGCGAGUCAGUCCAAAGUUAUUUUCAUCGUUGCUUUUUGCACUAGCGAUCCAUAACGAUGUCAGCAUUGAAGGACUUGGUAGGCGGUGCCGACUGCUCCGGCGGCAAUUCUCUCAGCCACUUUACAAAACAACUACAGCAAGAUAGAUCACUACAACAGGACCGUUUUGGGCCUCCGGACAAUGUCGGUGUUAGUAGUUCGGGACUCGGAAUGCGUGGUCGAGCCGCACGACCAAAUCUAGCAACCGACAGUGUUGACGAGUUCAUCAAUGCACCUGGUCCACAAGGCAUGCAACGCCCGGGCAUGUUUGACAUGCAACCGCUUGGUAGAGAACUGGAUUCCCUCAUACCUCUGGCCAAUGCCUCGAGAAACGCUGGGGCCGAUUGGGGAGCCGAGUUUGUGAACCACAACAUGCAAAUGGGUCAACGACCAAUGGCGCUUCCACAACAAAACGGUAUCAUACACGGAGCGAACUGGAUCAAUGAGUUCGAAUCCUCACGGCAGAGUGGGCCGCUCAUGCGUGAACCGGUGGCUAGGGAUAUGUGGGCAGCAGAGUUCCAUUCACAGAAAGACCGACAACAUCCACAAAUGAUUAAUGGUAAUAGCGCAGAAUUAGAACGAGCCUUCGAACAGGCCAGAUAUCAUACGAGAUGGGAACCACAGGGGAUUGCACAACGACCUGAAGCUUGGGCAUCUGAAUACCAGGGAGUCGAGAAUGCAAAUGCCGAAUCAUGGAUAAAGGAAUUCAAAGAGACGGAGGGCAUGUCGCACCCGGAAGGGUCAAAAGAAGCGCUUGCGGAAUCUGCGAGGAUGCUCCUGGAUGCCGUGAAUGCCCAAGACAACCCGAAAUUCCGAGACUCGCAGUUUAUGAAACUGAUGAAACAGUUCCGAGACCAGGAGGCAUCCAUAGAAGGGAAUAAGGUGGUGGAGCAAACAACACCGUUUGAAGAAGCAGAGUCGUGGGCAAAGGAGUUUGGCGGUGGGACACCGAUGCAAAAGGCGUCGUGGGAAGAAGAUUUCAAUGCCUUGCAAUCGGAUGUACCCAACACGGCGGGGAAAUCAAAGAUGUGGGCGGAAGAGUUUGCAGGAGGUGCGGAAGCGGAUUGGGCGACCGAGUAUCAAGGAAACGGGCCAAAACUCGAGGACAAGCAAUGGACAGACGAGUUCCAGCGGCAAGCACAAGAACAAGCAUGGGCAAACGAAUUUGCGUCGGGAGACAGCAGCCUUGCCGAGGCAUUCGCCGACGAGUCCAAAAAUUUAGACGAUCUGUACAACAACGCCUGGGACUACGACGACCGCGGCUUCUCAGACGUGAUCACAGGCCGCGCCAUCGGUGCGCGGUACGACCACUACGAAUUCACCUCCAACAAUCCCUUCGUAGACCAAGUCCCCUCCCCCGUCAACGCGCGCAAUCUCACCGAAACGAUCCUAGUCCUGGAAGCCGCCGUGCAAAAGGACGCAACGAACAGCAGAGCCUGGUACGAGCUCGGGAUCCGGCAACAGGAGAACGAAAACGACGUCGCAGCCAUCGCUGCUCUGCGAGAAGCCGUGCGACACGAUCCUGGGUUGCUGGACAGCUGGAUCGCGUUGUCGGUCUCGUACACCAAUGAGAACGCGCGGGCGGACGCGUAUGAUGCUCUGGAAUCGUGGAUUGCGAAUAACCCGAAGUACAGCCAUAUUGCGGCCCGGUCGAGGGAGGACACGAGUCCACAUGAGACGAUUGCGAAUAUGUAUAUCGAGGCGGCAAGGCAGGGUGGUGCGCAGGAGCUGGAUGCGGAUGUUCAGGUUGGAUUAGGGGUGCUGUUCAACAUUUCGGAGGAGUACCAGAAAGCUGUGGAUUGCUUUGAGGCGGCGCUUUCAAAACGACCACAGGAUUACCUGCUGUGGAACAAAUUGGGCGCAACACUAGCAAACUCCAAUGACUCCGAACGCGCCAUGGACGCCUACUUCCACGCCCUCGACAUCAACCCCUCCUACGUGCGCGCCCGCUACAAUCUCGCCAUCAGCUGUAUCCAACUGCAGCAGUACCGCGAAGCCGCCGAACACCUUCUUGGAGCACUCGCCGUGCAGAGCAGCAACAUUGAGACGGUUGUCGCGCAAUCGAAGGGGAAAGGACGGGCGGAUGAGGGUGAUUUGACGGCGAUGCAUAGUGUGCAGAGUGGGACGGUUUGGUCGACGUUGAAGAUGGUCGCUGAUGGACAUCUGCGGCGACAUGACCUCGCAGAAGCGUGCGAGAAGCGGGAUCUGGAUGCGUUCCGCGGCGAAUUCGUCUUCUGAGCAUCCCAUUUAUGGUAGUUUCACUACGUAGUCGUCGCCAUUUGUAUGUAGUUUCUCAUUGUCUCUCAGACCUACUAUAAACGUCUCAAUGAU